AUGGAGCAGUCGAACGGCGAGCCGGUUAAAACAUUCGUCGAUGUUGCCGAGCAGACGGGCCCACCAGUUGACAACUUCGAGAGGCUCGCCGAAAAGCCGCGUCACAACAGUUUCACUUUUGUCGGCUACUCCCGCAGCGAAGCCUGCCUGACAGAGUCUGAAAUUGCGGAAAUACUCACUUCCAUCGGGUAUUUACCAGAGGAUCCGGUUUGUUUAAUUUUAAACUUUCAGCAUCAAAAGCUCUCCGAACGAUGUGACGUUCUCAAAUCUUCCAAUACCACUAACAUUUACUAAUUAUCCCCAAGACCGUCCGGUCCGUGCGAUCACUUUCGAGGUGGACGACGAGAGAACGGCUGCAAUCCUGGGCAAAUUUGCCGACGGAGGUCUUGAUCUGAAAGAGUUUUCGAAAGGAAACGACAAAAAUGCUGAAGUUGAAGUACAAAAAUUGUUUGACUGAAUUUGAAUCAUCAACACAAUUUCAGGGAUUGUUUCUGAUAAAACAGCUCUCGAUAUUGGACCGUGUGAAAUUGUACGUCACCAAUUUCUCGAAACAAUAUCUCGCCGAAGUCUACCCUCGCAAAGACGGAUACGCAAUCGUGAAUUCUCCUCUAAUCCACGACUUGUCUCCACUGACUGUAAUUAAAAAUGAGGAAAUUAUCGAGAGGAUCGUCGUGGAAGACCUCGUCGUCAAAUAUCCGGAUGUUCUGAAGAAGAUUACUCAAAAAAUGAGCCAUUGGGCCAGAAUGAGGCUGGAAAAAUAUCUAAAGACCCAACUGUAA